AACCUCAUUUGCAAUCGGUCGAGCAGUUUAGGAGUAUUUCGGUGUCAUACACACGUACAAUCGAAUUAUUUACCUAGAUACUUAGAUAAAGAUUAAGAGUACCAAAUUUAGAAAAAAAUGAUUAAUUUUCUUGUCAUUCUAUUUUUCCAGUACAUCAAAAUGAAGUCUAUCAUGGUAUUGUCAAUGGUGAUCGUCAGCUGCUUAGCUCAGAGGUCACCGUAUGCUGGACGGGGUCCCAUCGGAUUCCCGCCUCUGGAGACCACUACUGCUGAUCCUUUGGCUAACAGGUUUGGAGACAGCGCAGACAGUACAACCAUCAGCCUGCCAAUAGAAGCACUUGGUGACAUUGAGCUGGUGAAGAGAUUAAGCCUCCUGCCUCUAGACAACCAACCCUUCUGGCUCAUCAAUUGGAGAGCCUUGGAAGCCAAUAGAAGAAACCCUCAGACGUACCCUGUUCGACCAAAUAGUUUUAUCGAACCUGCUAAUUAAAUGAUUGUUUUUUUAAUAUAACGUAGCAGGAUUAGAAAUGUUAGAACUAAAUUUGUUUGUGGCCUAGAUUAUCAUUUUAUCUCGCGUGGUUGAAAAUUGUCAAAGGAUUGUGAGCGGUAAUAAUAUAGUGCAUGCAGGAUGACUCAUAUUUUUUGUACAAAUUAUAAAAAUUGACAAACUGUAAGAAUUGUCAUCAGAAGGCUAGUAAGGAAACUUGCAACUAGAAAAGUAUCUUUCCCGUGUUUGAAAUACAAGUGGAAAUUGUGAUAAAAAUUCUAUAUUUAAAAGAAAUACUUGCCG